AUGAACGAGACACCGCGACUGCGGUCGGCUUUUCCACCCACGCCUCGAACCGACCCUCGAGCCCGAACUCUCAACCUCAAUGGCCGCUCGGGCCCAGGCUCGUCGCCGCUUUUCCCGCAGAAACCGUCCCCUGUAGUCAAACAACCUGUCAAGAUCUCUCCAGAAGCAGUAGCUACUGGCACGCCGCUGAUACCAACGGACAUCAUUGAUGUUCCACAACAGAGAUUCUAUAUCUUCGCGUUUUACAUUGCUCUGACGGCGUGGAGGUUAUACAACUCGUUCAGUGUCGAGAGUGACCUUGAUUCAACAUGGCUGUUCCUCAAGUGGGUGGGAAUAGAUGCCGCGUUUUUCGUGGCGUUACCGGCAUUUAAGAUACCCUGGCUGGAGUUUUCAUUUCUUACGACUUUCACAUUGUGGUUACUACAUGCUAUUGCGAAUGCUUUUUUGAUGUACAAGAUACCCAUUCCCUUGCUGACCUGGCUGGGCGCUCUGGUCAAGGUGGCAUACGACCGCGAACUUUCGCUCUCGGAACACCGGGUAAAACCUGCAGACAUCUUACAGAACUCCUCCAUUAUUUUGGGGAAGCAGAUCAUCCACAUCCUACCAGAAGGAUCCGCAAUUUUGAAUCCCGGGAAGAAGUCAUACUGCCUCGACCCUUCGAAUCCUGCAGCUUACCUACCGAUUCAAAUCAAUCAGACGACGCCUAUCUCAAUCGAACUUCAGCGUUAUGAUCUCGACACGGACGAGGUCGAGACGAUCACAAUUGGCAGCAAACAAGCCAAACAAUUAUUGAAGAAGGCUAAUACCGGUCAUCACAAAUCUGACAGAAGUACACCUCGGACUUUGCAUUAUUCAGUCUCGAAGAAAGGCCUUUACCAGCUACACCGCGUUAUUGACGCCACGAAACUAGAAGUGCGAAGACGAAGUUUCGAUGUAGCUGUCGUGCAAUGCCCCGAAGCGUCCAUCUCAGCCGAGUCGGGGGACAGGUGCACAGGAGAGCUCAGCAACGUCUCCUUGAAGGUGUCAGGAGUGCCCCCCUUCAAAGUCAGAUACAGCAAGACGGUCAACCACAAGCAAUUCAGUUCGAUUGUGCAAAAUGUCCAGCCUCAUGUGGACCCUGGUCUUGUUGCCGACGACGAGUCUGCCGGUGUCGUUCUCGAUCCUCGGCGGCCCCACGUUGGUUGGACGAAAUCUAUCACCGAAUCUUUCGAGAUCAAUGAAUCCUUACAUCAGAACGGAAGCCAUUCCUACACCGUGGAGGAGGUAGAGGAUGGUCUUGGCAAUAAGGUCAUUUAUGAUGCUAGCAAUCCCAAGGAUGCCCAUGCGCCGCGGCUUCAGAGCUUGACCGUCCAUAACCGACCUCGAAUCACUCUCGGAGGACUCAAUGUUGACCGAGUACUUCGGGCUCGUGAGGGACGCGCUAUCAAUCUCCCUAUCCGCGUUCCACACCCAGAUUCCUUGCAUUCGUCCGAUUGGCCGCUGAAAGUCAGAUACAGUUUUGUCUCCGAGGACGGGCAAGAGGAUUCCCAAGCGGAGCACCAUUCCUACGACAUGGCUAAUCGUCACUCGACGCCACUGGUCACUGUGCCUGGAAGGUACAGCCUUGAGUCCAUCGACAGCCCAUACUGUCAUGGAGAGGUUGCAGAGCCCUCGUCUCUCUUGCUGUCCAACCCACCUAAGCCUGGAUUGAUUCUGGAAAAGGAAGACAUCUUCGACAAAUGCGCUGGCAAUCCUAUCGGCAUGUACGUCAACUUUGACUUUACUGGCAGCCCACCAUUCAAAGUAAGAUACGUUGUCAUCCACCAAGGCCGAGCGCAUGGAAAGGUUGAAGAGUUCCCGGGUAUGCGUGGUCGGAUUGAGUUGCGAGAACGAGCAGCAGGCUCGUACACGUACCGGUUCCGCGAUAUCGAGGAUCAGGUGUACGGCGUUGUUCCCCUCACGGAUCAAAAUCUUGUCCUCGAACAAGAUAUCAGGCCACCAGCGUCCGCGUCCUUUCAGGAAGACGCUCGUGUUAUCAAAGCAUGCCUGGGUUCCCCCGUCUCUGUGCCAGUCAGACUGUCUGGCCAGGGACCGUGGAAUUUGGAUUAUGAGGUAGUACAUGCCGGCAAGCGCAAAAAAUACAGCAUCUCUUCGGAGGAAGAGCUGUACAACAUCGAGCUGUCACCCUUCACCAAUGGAGGCAGCUACUCGGUUGUUCUAAUGGGCGUACAAGAUCAGUCCAAAUGCCGUACGACUCUACAAGAAGAACGCAAGAUCGAGGUCAGACCAGAGCAACCAAGAGCUGCAUUUGGCGACAUUGAAGGGAAGCGCUCGAUAUUGGCACUAGACGGGAAAUCUGUCAAGCUUCCCUUACGACUUCAGGGCAUCGCCCCUUGGGCUGUCAGACUACAGAACCUCGACCAGGGAUCAGACUCAUUCGAGCAGAUCUUCAAAGAUGCAAAUGGGGAGCUUUCCGUCAGUCGCCCUGGCACGUACGAGAUAGUCUCGGUGCAUGAUAGCUGUCCCGGUGUGGUUGAUCCCAAAGCGAAUCAGUUCGAAGUCAGCUGGAUAGCUCGCCCAACACUAUUCAUAAGAGACUCGGCAGUCGAGAAAGAAAGUAUUCGAAGCUUUCGCAAACCGGCCGUAUGUCAGGGUGACGAAGCAACACUGGCACUCGCGCUCAGUGGUAACGCACCCUUCCACAUCAAAUACCAGCAGAAAUUCGAACCCAUCAAAGGACCUUCGGCAAUCAGCAAUAAACCUGCUACAUUUGCAGGCGCCAACGCCCAAAUCAAUCUGGACACAAGCAGAGCCGGUGAAUAUACCUACGUUUUCAGUGAACUUAGUGACGCGCGCUACUCGCAUGACAACAAGGCUUUCACACCCACAAUCGUGAAACAACAAGUGUACGCGCCUCCCUCCGCGGCAUUUGGCCAAGCGGGCAAAACAUAUGGAUACUGUAAGGACGAUCCGAGCUUUACAGCCAGUGUCGAAGCCGAGACGGAGCAAAUACCCAUCAAGUUCACAGGCACACCACCUUUCAGUGUUGAAAUCGCCAUCACACACCACGGCGUCUCCACUCGCCCAGAAAUCAUUCGCCAAAAGGAUAUCCAGACCAAUACGUACUCCUGGCCGCUUUCCCGUGCCACUCUUGACCUAGGCACCCAUGCGAUAUCCAUCCGCAGCGUCAAGGACGGUCGCGGCUGCGAAAGUAUCCUCGACAACGACCCGUCCUCAGUGCGCGUGCACGUCUCCUCCCCACCAACGAUCAUUCCGCUCGAAAGCCAGGAACACUACUGCGUCGGCGAACACGUUUCCUUCUCCCUGAGUGGACAGGCGCCCUUCGAUAUCUUCUACAGCUUCAACGCGCGCGAGCGCAAGGCCCGUGUCAGCGGGACAGAAUUUCGGCGUCUUGCCGAGGCACCUGGCGAAUUCAUCAUUACGGGUGUGAGUGAUUCUGCCAUGGGCAACUCGAAGUGUCGUGCGAGAAAGGACAUUCGCAAAAAGAUCCAUGCGUUCCCGAGCGUGGAGAUCGCGCAGGGUCGCACUGUUGUGAGUGAUAUCCACGAGGGGGGCGAGGUAGAUAUCGAAUUUCGAUUCACGGGCACGCCGCCCUUCGAGUUUACAUACACUCGUUCCGAAAAUCCCGUCAGGGGCAAAAAGGGCAGUAAGCCACGCAUUCUUGAAACACGCCACGAGACUUCCAACGAAUUCAGAAAGAUGAUCCGCGCCAGUGACGAGGGCAUCUACGAGGUCGUGAGCAUCAAAGAUCGCUUCUGCAGCUACACGAAACCUUCCCAUAAGGCUUCGUCCGGUGGAGCUGGCCUUUUGGGAGGCGCCGGGCAGAAGAGGUUGACAUAUUGA